CAUACACACAAACAAGUUCAACCUACCACCAUCCUCGUGCCCUCAUCACUUGCUUAUCAGUCUGCCUCACCUGUUCAAGAACUCCACCGAAUCCCACACUCUUAGCUCCUCAUACGAAUCUCACCUGUCGCCACGAUGUCCUUGAUACCUGCUGCAAAUUUCAAGACGAAAUAUGAUUACUCGGCGGAUAUCGAAGUGAUGAAAGACUUUCUCAACAAGACCAAAGGACGUUCAAUCUCAGCAAGUGAUCUCCUAGACGAGAAUGAAGAGGGCGCAGGACUUGAUGCUCAGGAUGAUGAUUUCGACGUUGACAUGGAUGAUGAAGAUGGUGGCUCUAACCAAAGGCUGAGAUACGUUGAACAGAUGCAACUGGUGGCCGAUCGAGAACAAUCUAAAUUCGUCAUUGAUCUCGAGGACCUACGUAAAUCACGCGACCCGGAGCAACUCCGACUGUUGGAGAACAUCUCUCAAAACACCUUGCGAUACGUCCAACUGUUUUAUCGUGUAAUUGACGAACUACUCCCCGAACCAACCGAUCCUAUCAGUCUCAGAAACAAGUACGACGUCUUGGACGUCAUUAUGCAUCAACGACGCGAGAAGAAUCUGAUGAAUGACGAGGCUGGAGAGGCUACAUUCCCCCCAAUUCUAACUCGAAGAUAUAAUCUUUAUUUCCGAGCCCCACGAUCAUCUACUACUUUGGCGGUUAGACAAGUCAAGGCCGUACAUCUGGGCAAAUUGAUAUCCAUUCGAGGAAUCGUCACGCGAGUCUCAGAAGUCAAGCCAUUGCUUCUUGUCAACGCAUUCUCCUGUGAUGCCUGUGGCUCAGAAAUCUUUCAAGAAGUCGAAAGUAGAAACCUGACACCGUUGACUGAAUGCCCCUCGGAAGAGUGUGUCAAAAACGGAACCAAGGGAAACCUGGUCAUGCAAACUCGGGCUUGUAAAUUUGAACCAUUUCAAGAAGUUAAACUCCAAGAGAUGGCCGACCAAGUUCCGGUUGGACAUAUACCCCGUUCGAUGACUUUACAUCUCUAUGGUCCAUUGGUCCGAUCUAAUUCUCCAGGAGAUGUCGUGAAUGUGACGGGGAUAUUCAUUCCAACGCCUUAUCAAGGAUUCAAAGGUGUCAGAGCCGGUCUACUAACUGAUACCUAUCUCGAGUGUCACCACGUUUCACAACUUCGGAAAUCGUACGAAUCUCUUGAAAUUACCCCAGAGAUUGUUAGUCAGAUCGAAGAGAUGGCCAAUAACGAGCACAACUUCUACGACCGUCUGGCCAACUCGAUUGCCCCUGAAAUCUAUGGACAUCAGGAUGUCAAGAAGAUCUUGCUUCUCCUCCUCAUCGGUGGCGUAUCGAAAGAAGUCGGUGAUGGGAUGAAGAUCCGUGGUGAUAUCAAUGUUUGUCUGAUGGGUGACCCCGGAGUGGCCAAAUCCCAGUUGUUGAAAUAUAUCAGUAAAGUCGCCCCUCGUGGUGUAUAUACGACCGGUCGAGGAUCUUCAGGAGUUGGUCUCACGGCCGCCGUCAUGCGGGAUCCAGUCACAGACGAGAUGGUACUCGAGGGCGGAGCGCUAGUGUUAGCUGAUAACGGGAUAUGCUGUAUUGAUGAGUUCGACAAAAUGGACGAGUCUGACCGGACAGCGAUUCACGAAGUCAUGGAACAACAAACUAUCUCGAUCUCAAAAGCUGGGAUCACGACUACCCUCAACGCCCGCACUUCCAUUCUGGCCGCCGCCAACCCGUUGUAUGGUCGCUACAAUCCGAAGAUCAGUCCAGUCGAUAAUAUCAACCUACCGGCUGCUUUGCUUAGUAGGUUUGAUAUUAUGUUCUUGAUUUUGGACAAGCCCAGACGAGAGGAUGAUGAAAGACUGGCGCAACAUGUGACUCAUGUCCACAUGCACAGUGCUCAUCCCACCAUCGACCCUCCACCAAUCUCACCAUCUCUACUCAGAAGUUACAUUGCUCUGGCGCGGAAAAAACGACCCACAGUUCCACAACAAAUUUCUGAAUACAUCAUUUCGGCCUAUGUCAACCUGCGAAAACAUCACCAAAAGGAGGAAGCAAGUGGAAGAUCAUUUACUUACACCUCGGCGCGAACUUUAUUGAGUGUGAUCCGGCUUGCCCAAGCCCUUGCCCGAAUGCGAAACUCGAACGAGGUAGCGAGGGAAGAUGUUGACGAAGGCUUGCGACUGAUGGAAGUGUCGAAAGCCAGUUUGGACAACGAUCCCGACGAUGACAUGGAAGUUGGCACCAAUCGAGAUGUGACAGACAUCAGCAAAAUCUACCGGAUCAUUCGCGAAAUGACGACCAGUGGGUCUGGCAGAAAAGACCCAUCUUCCGCUAGGAUCGGUGGGCGGGUCGGCCGUGGGAGACAUAAUCAAGCGGCCGCUGAGAGCGACGAUGAAGGCGGAUUCAAACCUAUUCAGAAUAUGCGAGAGAUUCGUGAACGGGUGUUUGCGAAAGGAUUUACAGAAGAGCGACUGCUUGCUUGUAUCAACGAGUACGAACAACUGGAUGUCUGGACACGCGAGAAUAAUGACAGCGAACUCCGAUUCUUGGAUAACGGAGCUAACUGAUCAAGCUCUGCAUCCGAGACUUCGUAGCCCCCUCCACCCUCCAAAUUCAUGAUUCGCCUCUCAUUUUGAUUUUUUUGAUUUUUGCGGUUUCUUCCAUAUCUGUGUUGCGUGGCUGUCCAACUGAGUUUAUGUCUUUGACAGCCUCUCUCUUCCUGUGCUUAAUCAGCAGCACGCUUGAAAAGUGUUGGAAAGAGAUAUUCAAUUUUCUCUUCUUUUUCUUUUCUGACUUAUGUGACCUUCUCCUAUGAAAUCCUCCUCUUCAAACAAAAGAAGAUAAGAUAAGAGAAUUCACUUGUCUAUGUUGUAGUAAUCAGUUAAUCAUCCUGGUGGUUCUAAUAACCCAGCUCUUGAUCAUGUCGAAAUCAAGUUUGUAUUUGACGGAAAUGUAUUCGGAUUUAGUCGUGCUGACCGUAACUUGUAUCCAAUCGUUUUUCUUAUUUGUGGGUCUGACACACUUGCAGGGUUCUAUGAGACAUUCAUGGUCAUGGCUUGAGUCAACUCAACCCUUUUUGGUCCACUUGAAGAUACACCCUAUCAAACCACAAUCUUUAAUUCACGUUUCAUCACCGCUUAUAAUCCUAUAGUUUUUGGUCAAUGAAUAACAACAUUCAGCUCAACUAA